CCCGUGAUAUCGAUAGUAGAAUGUAACUAUCGGGUGAAGCAUUCGAUACACGUAGUUUUCGUUCGGAUUUUAACAUAGUGCAACUAGUAUUCAACGUAGUUUAAAAUUAGUUAGUUCACUCCGCUCAUUUCUAUUCUCUCACGUCACAGAACCAACCGACAUCAGUAUUGCAAAAUCGUUAAAGACUUUCUGAGUCCAAUGUUUCUGGUGUAUUUCCUCACCAGUGAAGCCAUGAUGUGCAUGGCAGCGUUUCAAGUAGCCAUGGGUGACAAUGAGGGGCUCGUUAAAUUCAUCGUCACCUUGGCAAACGUCUGCUCCUGGCCCCUGAUGAUAUGCUGGUGUGGUGAUUAUCUUACAGCUCAGAGUCUGGAGGUUGAGAAGAUAGCGUAUGGUUGCGGCUGGUACAACCGUUCACAAAAGUUUAAGAAGUUGCUACAGACACUCAUUUCUCGUGCCCAGGAGCCUGUUACAUUCACUGCGGGAAAAUUCUACACCGUAUCCCUGGAAACUUUCGCUAAUAUAGUGAACAAGGUGUACGCGUAUUUCACUAUUCUGAAGCGCAUGCACGAGACGUAAGAAAUGUAACCGGCUACAAUUCAGCCAUAGGACAGCAUAUAAAGCAAGCGUCACGUAACUGCGAACAGGCGGCCGCCUGUCACUUCUCACACCCUCGAACCCACCCCCUUGUCUGAAAUUUUUCUUCUGCGCCUUCAAGGUUACUCUUGGCCUUGUUCGAAGUUACGUGACACUUGCUUUACGUUGUACUUAAUCACAUACAUUCAGAGGAAAGCCCCUAAGAUGGUCACUUCCUUUUGUCUUUACCAUUGGCCGCUCUUUCAAUUUCUUAAUACUAUACACAGUCGGUAGGACUCCUUGGACUGGGGAUCAGCCAGUCGUAAGCCGCUACCUUCACACAGAUGGGGGAUGACAUUAAACUGGAUCUUAGAAGUACAGGGUAUAAUGAUGAGGAUUGCAUUCAUAUGGCUGAGGACAACAACAAGUCUAGAGCGACAAAACUUCGGACUCCAUAAGGUGUACAAUAUCGUAUCUCGACUAGUUGAGCGACUAUUAGCUUUGUAAGAAAGGGUUUGCUCCAUGGAGUUACUACACAACUCUUCACGUCUUCUGCAUGUCACACUGGCCUUCAUGUUCCUGUACAGUUGAAUCAAAUGCAAUAUUACAAAUACAAAUUUAUGUUACCAGAGAACAUCAACACUUUAUUCUCCAUUUUUAAAUCGACACCAGACUGAGAUAAAGGGAACAAUGUAAUUAAAACUUGGAGAUUCUAUACACGAAAUUAACGAUGGAUUCGAUUCAGGUUUUAAGUAAUUAGCAAGUACGCCUAUAAUCUAUUGUUGCAAAGUUACGUUACACCCAAAUUUAUGUUUAAUUAUAUUACCAAUUAUUUUUGGAUAAUCGACAAAACCUGAGUUUAAUGUAAAGUAGAAAUAUCGUUCAUGAGGUAAAAAGGUAAAGGCAAAGGUAAAGGUAAAGGUAAA